CCCCACAGGGUCCCCGCUCCUUCCGCUCACCGCCCCUGGCAGUUUGUUAAUCAGCGGACCCAUGCAAGAUGUGACAGAUUAUAAAAAACAAAGGGUCAACAGGGAUCAUAGCCGAUUAUUUGCCAGAUUUUACUUCAUCAAUGGAGAAGAACAGAUAAUUUACUCAGAAAGAAUCAAGGGAGGAAGGGAGAGAGGCAGACCAGUGCUUAUGUUGAGAACAACUGGAAAAGCUGAAUAAAAUACAGAAGAUCUCUUUUUAAAAGUUGUUGGAAAGCUGCCAAGUUGACAAGCAUUUGAAGGGCCAUGAUCUCAGAAGCAGGAAAACACAAAGAGGCAGAGGCCAAGAAACCGCAGCUAAAGAACAGCACAGUCAUCAACUGCAUCAACAGCUGUCAGCUUUCCCUGACAGUGGUGCCCAGGUUUGUCCUGCACAUCCAUGUGGUGUACACGGCCAGGCCAUCGCUACCUGGUAUAUUUCUUCUGAACCCCCGAGCUUCCAGUCUGACUCAGGACUGUGAGGAUCAGGAGGCAGGAUUCCAAGCCUGGGCAGCUCCACAGGUCUAUAUUAAGCCUGCCUGCCGUCAAAGACCUGGGGAAGGAAAGGGGCCUCCAGAAAGAAGACCUCUUCUAUCAGCAAGAGCAUUCAACAAUAAUGUUCUCCUCCCAAUUGGCACAGUGGAGAAAGGUCUUAAGUCCAGCUCGUGGGACCAGCGACGGCUUGAUAGCUCUACUUCCCCAGACAGUGGCAGUGGGCACCAGGUAUGGGGGAGUGUAGGAGAGCUGGCUGGGAUAACUCUCCUGGUACCCUAACAGCUUGUCUAGAAGGCAUGAAGAAAUGCAAGGGCACAAUGGCCCACAGCACCAGGUCACUUGGCUGGUCACUCCUAACCUCUCUGCUGAGCUGCCCCAUGAGGGGAUGGUUAGCAGAGGCCACCUCUUAACCUCUUUCUAGGGACCACACAGAGUCCAACUGGACUGAAGCUUGGCAUGAACACAGCCCUCCUGCUGGCA